CCCCGGAGCCUUCGUCCUGGCCAAUCAUCUGUUGUUGAGCGGCUGCUGUGAAUUGAGCACGGGAUGCUCAGCCGUGGAGAAGCCGCGAAUGCGGCCGGGGGCGAGUCGUUCGUUCGCCCCCGAGGGAUCUCCCCUCAUCUGAGCGCCUCUGGAGGCCCCGCGAGCUGCAGAUGCUGGGCUGAGCUCUCCCGGCUCCCAUCCCCAUGCAGAUCCUGGGCUGCCGCGCCUCGUCCCUUCUUCGCUCCCUUCCCUCAGCCAUAUAAGGAGCGACAGCUGCCAGGGCGGCCCCAGGAUCUAAAGAUAGCGGAGGCCCGGGACUCCAGACGCCACCGGGCAGCAGGAGUCGCCAUGGCACGGCAGCACGCGCGGACCUUGUGGUACGACAGGCCCAAGUACGUGUUCAUGGAGUUCUGCGUGGAGGACAGCACGGACGUGCACGUGGUCCUCGAGGACCACCGCGUGGUGUUCAGCUGCAAGAACGGCGAUGGGGUGGAGCUGUGCAACGAGAUUGAGUUCUACGCCAAGGUGAACUCCAAGGACUCCCAGGAUAAACGCUCUGGCCGCUCUGUAACUUGUUUUGUGAGGAAAUGGAAGGAGAAGGUGGCCUGGCCGCGGCUCACCAAGGAGGAUAUCAAGCCGGUGUGGCUGUCCAUGGACUACGACAACUGGAGAGAUUGGGAAGGGGACGAAGAGGGGGAGCUGGCGCAGGUGGAGCAUUAUGCGGAGCUUUUGCAGAAGGUCAGCACCAAGAGACUGCCCCCUGCCAUGGAUGACCUGGAUUUCUCCACCGUGGUGGUCGCCUGCCGCCCCGCAGAGCUGCCGGCCGAGGUGGGCAAAGGCCAGAAGGUGGUGCGACACGGGUUCCAGGUGGUGCUGGAGGACACGCUGCUCUUUCCCGAGGGCGGGGGACAGCCUGAUGACAGGGGUAUGAUUGACAAUGUCCCUGUGCUGAGAGUGACCCGCCGGGGGGCUGAAGCUGAUCACUUCACAGAGACACCGCUGGCCCCCGGGAGCCGGGUCCAGGUCCACGUGGACUGGGAGCGGCGCUUCGACCACAUGCAACAGCACUCAGGGCAACACCUCAUCACCGCAGUUGCCGAGCAUCUGUUUGGACUGAAGACAACCUCGUGGGAGCUGGGGCGGCUUCAGAGUGUGAUCGAGCUGGACAGCCCCUCCGUGACCGCUGAGCAGGUGGCUGCCAUUGAGCAGAGCGUGAACGAGAAGAUCCGCGCGCGGCUGCCCGUCAGUGUGCGAGAGCUGAGCCCAGAUGACCCCGAGGUGGAGCAGGUGCGGGGCCGGGGGCUGCCGGACGAUCAUGUGGGGCCCGUGCGUGUGGUGACCAUUGAGGGUGUGGACGCCAACAUGUGCUGCGGGACCCACGUGAGCAACCUCAGUGACCUGCAGGUCAUCAAGGUCCUGGGCAUCGAAAAGGGGAAGAAGAACAAGACCAACCUGCUCUUUCUGGCCGGGCACCGAGUGCUGAAAUGGGUGGCACGGAGUCACGCAAACGAAAAGGCUCUCACUGCGCUGCUCAAGUGUGGGGCCGAGGACCACGUGCAGGUGGUGACCAAGCUCCAGAGCUCAGUGAAGCUCCUGCAGAAGAACAACCUGAAUCUGCUCAGAGACCUGGCCGUGCACGUGGCCCGCACCCUCAGGGACAGCCCGGACUGGGGCGGGGUGGUGGCGCUGCACAGGAAGGAGGGUGAUUCUGAGUUCAUGAACAUCGUGGCCAAUGAGAUUGGAGCCGAGGACACCCUCCUGUUCCUGACUGUGGGAGACGAGAAGGGGCCAGGGCUCUUCUUACUGGCCGGGCCCCCUGAAGCCGUGGAGACCCUGGGGCCCAGGGUGGCUGAGGUCCUCGAAGGUAAAGGAGUGGGGAAGAAAGGCCGCUUCCAGGGCAAGGCCACCAGGAUGAGCCGGCGCACGGAGGCACAGGUGCUGCUGCGGAACCACGCAAGCCUGCGAGCACAGAGGGCUGAGCUGGGCGCCGGCUCCACGGGGCAGUGACAGCCCAGCUCCAGUGGCUCUACCGCCCUGGAUUCAAUGCCUAGCUGUGCAUCAGCAUGUACCUGUCAAUAGUUUUCUUUCUUCUUUCUUAUGCUCCUGGGGAUUGAACCCAAGGCCUAGUGUGCAAGAGGAAGGCCCUCUACCACUGAGUUAUGUCGGCAGCCUCCCAGUUUUGUUUCCUUUUUCAGUAGUGGGGAUUGAACCCACGGCCUUUACACUGAACCAUGUAUUCAGCCUGUUUAUUUUUGUUUUCGUUUGAGACAGAGUAUUGCCAGAUCACUCAGUUGCCCAGGCUAGGCUCAAAUUUGCAAUACUCCUGGCUCAGCCUCUAAGGAUGGGAUCACAGGCGUGCACCACCAUGCCCGGCUUCAGGCCUGUUUUAUGAUGGCACUAACCACAUUCACGGCCCUGUGACAUAAUCACCCCUUAAAAGCCUCACCUCCUGAUAGGGGAGUUCACCGGGUGUGAUAAAAAAUGUGGUGAAUGCUGCUGCUGAGUGCUACCCACGUGAAAGGCAGGCUCAAAACUGUCAGUGUCCUCAUCCCUUUUUCCUCCGGUGGCACUGUGUGUACUUCUGGCUAUUCCCCAACAUCAGAAUGACCAUAGUUAAGGGAAACCUUUGGAAUCCAUGUAGGACAUCGAGGCAGCCGAGACAGUGCAACCAAAACCUCAGGAGAGAGGACUCCAGAGCUGCUGCAGAAAGUGCAGGAGCCACGGGAUGAGUGUGUUCGAAGCCAGGGAAAGGCUUCUGAGGGGAUUCAUGGCACUGUCUUACAUUUUCUUACCGUAUUCCCAGAUCGUCCCUUGCAUCACGCUUGGGGUUGGGAUUUCAACAUGCGAAUCCCCUAGGAACACAAACCCCAGGACCAUGGCAGGGGUAGGGUUGGGUCACUUCCACUUGGGGCCACCGCACCCUGCAGGCACACUCGGGUGCCAUGAGCAUCUGGACACCCAGGCUUGUGUCCUGAUCUGAACACAGAACUUGACGUGGUCACCAAGGGGCAGUUAGGAAAAGUCACACAGACAUGAGCACCGUGCAGGAAGAUGGAACUUGGCUGUCCAAGGAGAGAGCAGCAGUUUUGAGCUGGUGAUGCCUUUGCUGCCUAUCCUGGGGUCCCUCAUCCAAUGCCCUGGGAACAAAGACCUAGCGUUCAGGGCAAGGGGGUCACUUGUCUUUUAUAAGGCUUGCCAGAAAAUAAAGCAGAAGGAGUAAUCGUUCA